AUGGGAUGGUCCGCCGCCGUCGGCCGGUACUUUCCACUCCGGCAUCCCACAAUAUGGAUCUGGGGGCCUUUACCACUUGGCGGUGGAUAUACCUUCUACAUCUCCAACCCGACCUAUCUUCUCUUGUUUGGACGACUUCGACCACGCCCCUGCCUCCCUUUCUAUCUCUACGAUCGACUCCAAAUGAUCCGGUUCAACUCUCCUUUGGCCCCUGUCAAACCGGUAUGCUCCCACAUGGAUGGCCUGUCAAACAACUUACGAUUUGGUCGAAUUGUACUGACUCCUAUCAUGGCACUUUGCCCAACUUCAAUACAACGCUGCAUGGUUCCCUUACGAUCUGGGUGGGACGGCGAUAAUCCUGACAUUCUAACGAUACGAUCUCUUGGUGCGAAUCGCAUAUACAAUCUCCGGGGCUCUAUCUGUGAUCUUCUAACACGCUCGGUCGCUCGCACGAUCCUGGUCCAAACUGAUCGACCGCUGUGCCUACACUUUGGCGAUCACUCGGGCGAAACCGUGCUUUCCGCUCCUGCCAUACUGGUUAUCACCGCGAUGGAUGAUCUGGGAACCUGUCCAAACAAUGCUGGCUGCCUGGUGGACACGCCCUUCUCGCCCCCUUGCCCUGGUUGA